AACGACUUUAAAAGUUUUGCUCGCGCGAGAAUUCUUCAAUGAUUGAAAAAUUGUAAACAAACCGAAAAUGGAACAUAAUAAUACUAAAUUUCCUGUUUUAGGAACAGCAGCACAAGCUUUCAGUCAUGACAAAUGGAAGAUAACUUCGAUUUCGAUAUUAUAACAUGAAGAUGGAGAACAAUAAACAGAAGACUACGAUUGAUGUUGCCAUGUUAAGACUGGAUCAUAUACCAUUUGUUGUUAGCAACAAUAAAAGGAUGGCAGUUUGGACGGAUGUGAAGGAAAUAUUAUUGUGGUGCCCCAGUCCACAUUGCUGUGUAGUUCUGGACAACUUAAAAUUGCUUCUGGGAUAUCCUACAAAUGAAACAAAUAUGCAUCCUUGCUCCCAGCUAGAACAGCUUAUGUUCCUUAAACAUUUUAUGUUUGUGACACAUGGAACACUUCUAGUUGAUAUAGACAGUCUUAAAGAUGUCGCCAAAUUAUAUUUACUAUUUCAGUUGGUGAAAGAAAAACAUACUAAACCGUGCAACAAUACUGUACUAAACUGUACAAAAAUGUUGAAAGGUUUUACAGAGAAGUAUGCUAACACUAGUUUUAAGAUCCCCCUUACUUUUGCAUCUACUAAAUUGUUAUUGCCAGCUGUUCGACGGAUACAGAAUAUUGUUUUACAUGAAGAGAGCAACACUAUUGAGAGAGAACAUUUGCAGUCAAAUGAUUCGUGUGGAACAACUUGUAGUAACAUGCUUGAAGCUACUGAGCCAAAUGGACAAACAGAGUUAGCUGGCAAGAUUUCUACAAUGCUGGUUCCCUUGUCACUCUUGCACAAACUGUAUCCCGGCUGUGAGAUGUUCUUGAAUGAUGUUGUGCGACUGUAUGUACUUGGAAAGUGUGGUCAGGAAAACUUACAGAGUGUGUGUCAAUGUACAGUAGAGGAGGGAAUUCAGCUUACACGGUUCCUGGCCUCACAGAAUGGAUAUAAUAGUUCCUGGUGGUGCCUGUCAACAUGCAGUUUAUUGAUAUCGUGGUCUGAUUUUUGGCUGGGUGUAGAGAGAGUUUAUGGAGGAAGACUUGAACCUUUUUCUAAAGAUGUCUGUGUGGUCACUAUUAACUGUCAGGAAUAUGGAGAACCGCAAGAUAAAAUGUUAUUAGCUUAUAAAAAGACAAAAAAGACUGCAGUGAAACAAAAUUUGACAACUUCUCCCUCACCUACAUUGUCUACAGUUACGGACAUCACAAAGAAUAUUCGAAGCCAAAACGUUAAGCGUUCUCUAUCAAUAUUGUCAGCAGAGUCUCAUAAUACCUGGAAAGAUUCUGCAAAUGUCUGCAAAUGCAGUGAGAGUUGUAAUUCAGAUAUAAAUACAAAGUUAGAUUUUGACUACCCUCAUACUGAUAAUAUUGAAAAUACAUUAGACAAAGUAGAAAUUAAACAAAACCAAGACAAUAUCAAGAUGAAGCAUGUAAAUGAAACUUUUAAAGAAGAUAGUUUGGCUGAUGGAGAGAAGAAUGAAAGUGAAAUACAAGAAAACAGGAAAAAGAAAGGUAAAGUUAAAACUAGAAAGACUGACGAUGACAGGAAAAGAUACAGUCCAGAAUGUAUAUCGAGAAAGUUAGAAAAUGGAAAAUUUGAGAAUAUUGAUGGUGAUUUGAAAACUUUAAACGUGAGUAUAAGUAAGAAAACAAAGAAGUACAAAGCAAAACGAAAAAAGAAAAAUGUUAAAGGACAGCUAGGUCCAAAUGUUUCUGAAGGAGCAGAUGCCUCCAAUGGCAUAAAAUCAAGGCUUAGAAAUAGAACUCGAGAUAAAAAGAUGACAUGUAAAGAAGUAUUAACUGUCAAUAUCAAUAACUCUGCUUCUGGAAAAGCAAAGUCAGAGAAACAAUCUAUUUCUGGUAAAUCGCAUACCUCUGAGACAAAAUCUAAUGAAAAAGAUAGCUCUAUUUGUUCUGAUGUUGACACAAGGGAAAAAGUAAAAAGUCAAGGUGCACAAUACAUUAAAUUGAAAGUAGAACUGCCAAUGUCAGAAGUGUCUCCUUAUGAUUUAGCAAGCAUGGAAUAUCCUGAUGCAGAUGGUAUCCAAGUCACACCAAAAAGUACUGAUUUGUACAGUGAAAAUAUUCCUGGAGAAAUUCAUCCAGAAAUACCACUUGUGUCAAAGAGAAAUACAGCUGCCAAGCAAAAUGUUGACACCUUGCAAUCCAUAAAAGAUAGAAGAGAAUUAUUAAAAAUCCAUUCUCCCCAGUUUCAAGACCAAUUUCCAAAAGGUUUGAAGUAUUUUCCUAAAAAGUUUGAUGCGGGACAGUGCCAUGAAUCUCUUGUUCUAGCAGGCAAACAGAAAAAUUGGAUAGGUUCAUUUAAACGUGGAAUGCAUGGAACACAAGAUCAACAAGGCAAGUUUGAUGAUAAAACAGUUGAGCCUAUGGUUAACUCAGUUACCCCAAAUAAAAAUGGAAUACUUCAACAGGAAAUAGCAAAUGGUAUUUAUAAGCAGGCAAGUUAUGCAUUUUUGUCAGCUCCUGGAAAUCUGACAGAAAACAAACCACUAACUGCUGAAGGAAAAGCGAUGAAGAAACAUGUCAGAGUAAAUGACUUGAACACAUCAGAAUUCAUGACAGAACGGAUAACUAUGUGGAAAGAUGAAUUAGAUCAAAGCAGGAAUAUAUCUCCUUCAGGUAGGCUGAUAAAAUCAGCUGAUUUUGCGAGGAGAAAGACAAUGUGUACAUAUCGACCAAUGUCAAGCAUUUAUAGUUCACCAGUCAAUCAAUCAGGCCCAUCAAUUAAAACUGCAUUGUGUGCAUUAUAUUCAAGAGAUCGUGCAACACCAGAAAUGUGUGAUAAACAAAUUCAGGCUGAAACCCUUUAUAACGAGAAUGCAGGAGGAAUCAAAGAUAUUUGCAGAACCCAAAAUUCAGCAAAUCCAAGUUCUUUGUGGAUGUCAAAGACGGGUACAAAUAAAAGCAGGACAGGAUCAGGCACAGAUCGUUUAAGACAAGAGCAUCAGUACGACGUCCAACAUUUUGGAUCUUCCUCAUCUUUGACGCCGGAUAUAUAUGAUGAAUUUGCCAGAACGAGAAAACCAAAGUCUGUUAAACUUGAAUGUGAAAAAAUUAAACAAAAGCAAGUGACAAAACCUAUUCCGACAACCCUUAGCCAGUCAGUAACAAGAAUAAUAGCCCAGCCAAAUUCAACAACUUGCAAGAAACCAAAUAACCAUACUGUUGGCUAUAUAUCUGGUGUUGAAUCAACACAAAUACAAAACAUUGGUUUAAUUGAUACUUGGCAUAAUGGUCGACAAACAUACAGAUACACUAAUGUGUCACCUACAAAGAAUGUAACACUUUCAGUCCAGACUGAAGAAUCUGUCAUAGUGAAACAAUCAGAUCAUGUUGAAAUGAAUUCAAGACCUGUGUGCGUUUGUGAUUAUAAGGAAUCUGUGUCUGAUGAAAACCGAAAAUAUGUUAGAAAUGACGAGGCAUGCGACAAUGCUUAUGAAGUUCUUGAUGAUGUUAAAAAGACUGUUGAAUCAAAACAAAUACAAAACGAUGGUUUUAUUGAUACUGGGCAUAAUGAUCGACAAACAUUCAGAUACACUAAUGCGUCACCUACAAAGAAUAUAACACUUCCAGUUCAGACUGAAGAAUCUGUCAUAGUGAAGCAAUCAGACCAUGUUGAAAUGAAUUCAAGACCUGUAUGCGUUCAUGAUUGUAAGGAAUCUGUGUCUGAUGAAAACCGAAAAUAUGUAAGAAAUGUCAAGGCCUGCGACAAUGCUAGUGCAGUUCUUGAUGAUAAUAAAAAGACUUCUCCACAUAAGAUUAUAUCGAGUUCUUCACCAGAGUCUGAUCAAACCGGCAUUUCAAAAUGUUCUGACGAAGAACAAUUUACAGCCAAAUAUACUUUAAGCUUCACAACAAUGGAGAAAACAUGUACCGAUGUUUUGAAAUGUCAUACAGAUCUGAACACUGACAAUACCGCAUUCAACCAGCCCUUCUAUCCUAAAGAUAAAAAGAACAAUAAUUCUUCAGCUUUAAAUCAGCUUUCUUCAUAUCAAGACUUUGUUGUUACAACAGGCAGAGUUGAGUCAAAAGAUGUUGUGAAUAACAUUCAAGCCUUAACGAAAACUAUUUCUAAAAACACUAAACUACAAAAGGUUUCCGGCAAUGCUUCAUCUUCUGCAGCAAUUGAGAAUGAAGAUGAUAGAAUAGAACCAUAUCACCAGGCAUUUCUAAAUUGUCAACGAUUAAAACAACAGGGAUUGGCAAAUGAUAAAAGCAAAUAUAUUGAAGCCAAUAAUCAACAGGAGAAAACAAUGGGACAGGACUUUGCCAAAUUAGAAGCACAAUUAUACUAUAAGAUUCCAAGUGAUGCUAAAUAUUACCCUGUGUCUGGAAAUAUGUUGAUUCCAAAAGAUGCUCAGUUUUUCCUGCCAUCAGCAUUAUGUGAAAAUGACAAAUGUAUAGAUAGCGAACACUGCUCUUUAGAUACAUAUGAUAAUUCACAGCACUUGUUAUGUGAAAGAAAUUGUACAGAUACUGAUAACAUGCAUAAAGUUAAAGAAAUAUCGGAUGAAAAAGAUAAAACACAAGGUAUGUCAAGUUUAGAAGAAGAUAAAUUGUCAGGUACAACCUUUGAAAAUAUUCUAAAGGCAUCAGAAGACUUAAUAGAUAAAACUAGGAUGUCUAAACAUAUAAAGAGUAAAACAAAGCAGAAAAUUAAAAGGACAGAAUUGAAAGAUAAAAUGGACAAAGGGGUGUUGGAAGAAGAAAACUUUGUUGAUGAUAGUAGGAAUGAAAAUCUUGGAAAAGAAAAAGAAAGAUAUCAAAAAAUUAUUAAGUCUUUUCUUCAGUCUGCUGUAGACAACCGGAAAACAAGUUCAAAGAAAAGUUUUCAAGAAAUAAUAGAAGAAAGAAGAGAAGAAAAAAGAAGGAUACAAGAACAACUCUCUAAAAAGAAAUAUUGGAACUCUGCACAAUCUGUCAAAGGUACAGAGAACACUCAGUUCCUCAGAUACAUGUUUGACAAUACAGACAUUAAAGGUCAGCCAGAUAAAGAUAAAUUAACAUGCCAAUACAAAUAUUCUAUGCCAAAAGUAUAUGGUAAAAAUAAACGUUACCUACGUUCCAAUGGGCGUAUUGAUUCCAAACUUACAACAACUUCUAAACGUAGACUCAAAAGCUGUAAUGGUUUAAGUAAAGGUAAAGUGGUAAAACAUAGAGAAAUAACAAGUAGAGGACCUCUUAAUACAAAGUCAUAUACAGAUGUUGCAACAAAGAAAAGUCUUGCUAGUCAUGUAAAUUUUGAGAGAUCACCAUAUUUUCAAAAUACUAAACCAACUAUAUUUCCAAGAGCAAAAAAUAAAGCUCAAAAGGAAAAAGAUGAUUGCACCAAUACAAUUCUUACAGCGUUAAGAAGAUUGUCUAUAGAAAAAUCUCCAAAGGCUGUUGAAUCGAAAAGAUCCCCUAAACGUAAUGUACAAACAAGUAUGCUAAGAUCAUGUGUAUCAAAACAAGCAUCAUCAUUAAAGCUUGUAACUUUAUCCAAAGCAGCCAAUUCAAAUGACCAAAAGAAUUAUGGUUCAAGAUUAGUUGAUGAUCAAAAAAAUUCAAACACAGUUUCUUCUGUUUACAACAUGGAAGAGCCCAAGCUUGACAUUGCGAAUGUUUCAAAAAUACCAGUUGUAAUAAGCAAAAGGGAUGAAAGUGGCCAUUAUGGAAAAGCUUCGGAGGUUUCUGAAGAUUUUGAAGAUGGUAACAAGGAUAAUGGAUAUUGUUUAAAUGAUAAUUAUGAAAUAUCUAAUCAAAGAAAGCGCAUCGAUCUGAUGAAAGAACAUCAUAAGGGUAUGGGCAAGGAAUUAGAGAAACAGAGUGAUGAUAGUGAUUCUGUGACUGUUGAUAGUACAGUACAUAGGGAAGAAGUUUUUAUAACGUUGUAUGAUACACACGAAUUAGGUUUAUAUACUUUAGAUUCUUCAUUUUUAAAAAGUCCAUCAAGCCUCAGUGUAGAUGUUUGUCAAGGUUCAGAAGAAAAAUAUCUUGGUAAACCAUAUCUCCAAUUUUCAAAUGCUGACAUAAAUGGUAUAGAAUGCAAAGUAUCAAAUGAAAAUAUGACUUUAAAAAAAGAUAUAGAGGAAAAUUUUUAUUCAUCUGAAGAAAAUGAUCAGUUGAAAUUUGAACAUUUCGCUCCUGAUGAUACGUUUUCACAAAUUGAGAUUCCUAAUGUUUCAACAGUAUAUGUGCAAAGCCAAAAUCUUGACCAAGAUGAAUGUAACAACAUUGAUACAGAUUCAGCUCUUAUCAAGAAUAAACGUUUAAACUGCACUUUUGAAAGGGAUGAUGAAAGUGUUAACAGACAAAUUCCUGACUAUGAUAUACUGAAUACUACUAAUUCUAACGCUACACAAAGAGAUGUAAAUGAUAAUAGUGAAAUUGAUAUAGCUGGAAGUAGAGGAAACUGUGUUGAUUUUAAAAAAUUUACUAUUGCUGCGUAUGAUUUGCCAGCUGCUACAAACGCCAGCUUUGAUGGUGGUAUUUUUGACAAAAUAAUGGUUGACUCAUUUUAUGAUGAGGGUAAAUUUAAUGUUAAGACAGAAGAGAAAAUGAGAUAUGAGAUUGAUUCGAGUGCUUGUGAAACUGAAUCAUAUCUAUCUGAUAAGCUGCCGUACACAUUGGAAAACUUCAAUGAGGUGUAUUUUUGUCAGCCUGUCAUGUUUGAACCCAUAAUGCAUCAACCAAUUACGCAAACUAUUUCCGAAAGCUGCAUUUGUCUAGAGACAGAAGCGGAGGGUACAGAUAUGCAUAAAAAAGAUGAAGACUUAUUGGCUGCAGAUGUUGAUUGUCUCGUAUAUAAUGAGAACAAAGGAACAAAUGACUUUAUAAUUGAAGCUGAGCUAGGGCAAUUAUCGAAUGAUGUCACGACAAAUGACAAUAGCGAUAGUGAUAUCUUCCUUGAUGAGACAGAUUGUGGACAAGAAGUAUAUGUCGGGAACAGAAAUGACUUGGAUCAGCAAGACCUCGAAAAUGGACUUGAAAUGUUUCCAGAAUGUGAAAUAUUUAUAAAUUCGAAUCAAGAAAUACAUGAUGCAAAAGGAGGGGAUAAUGUGGACGUCAUUUUUGAAGAAAAGAGCGGUGAAUUGCAACAUAAUCUACAACAUGAAAUAUAUUCUGGAAAAUAUACCAAAGACAAAAGACCCAAGAGAAAAUGCAGGAAGAAAACAAAAGCAAAGAAGACAAAGAAACUUAUUAGAAGUGAACCUGCCUAUUCCAAACAAGUAACAUCUGAGUAUUCUCCAUCUCGAAGUGAAAUAGAUGCUUACUUUCAGGAAGUUACAAAACGAACUACGCUAUCAGGUAAAUCGAAAAACAAUGACUCAGAUAUAAAUUCAAAAUCUGAUGACAGUUUGCCUGAAUUUACUCAAGACUUAAAUAUAAAGACUAAAGAAGUUAACAAUACAAAGCCGUUGAAAAUUUUAUCAACAGACAACAAAUGUACUGUUAAUCUAAAAUUGAAAGAUGACACCGAAAAUGAUGGUGAUAUUGAUGAUACUGAUGAAGAGGAUGGUGAUUAUGAUGAUGACGAUGUUGAUUAUGAGCCUGAUAUGGAUGAAUUUCAUGCGCUUACUGACCAUAGUGGCAGUAAUAGUGAUACUUCAAUACAAAAAGCAUGUAGUGAAACAAAUAUUCCUAACUGUAAGUUUAAACAUGGAAAAUACAUAAAUCAGGUUUUCAAUAAAAUGUCUUCAGGAAAGAAAAGUAAAGUGUCAUUAAAAAACGUUAGAAAAAAAAUUCAAAGAAAGUAUAAUAUUAAAAACAGCUCAGCAAUUCAUGAGUGGAAAAAGAAGCUGCAUAAGAAAAAGGAAAGAAAAGACCAAUUGCUGAAUAUCAAACCUUCAAAUUGCAAACAAUCAGAAGAACAAGUAAAAAGUAUUGUGAGAGAGUUCUGUUCAAAACAUUCACAAGAUGAUAAUGAAAUUGAAAACAAAAUAAAAAGUAAUAUGGUUGAAAAUGAAGAAAAACAACUGGAAUCUGAAACUAUAAAAAACAUAAAAAAUGUAACUGGCAGUGAAAAAUCACAGAUAUCGAGUAGUUCUUAUUCUGACAUUAGCUGCACACAAUCGGAAGAAAAUAUCAGAAGAAAAACAUGUAAAAAAGCUGGAAUGAAGCAAGAAAAAGUCAAAUACUGUGAUGAUGCUCAAGGUAAAAGAACUAGAAAGGCGAAAAGAAAGAAGAAGAGAGUUGUGAAAGAUGUAACUUUAGAUGAAAAUUCUGAAGAGGAGCAGAUGACAAAGAAAGAGGAAGCAAUGGCAGCAGAAGGUUUCAUAAAAACACAGAAACGGUAUUAUGAAAUUCUACGUCAUUCAAAUAUAAACUCGUUGAAGACAGAAAAAGAAAUAUCAACAGAACAAAGUGUAGAUGCAUCUACAGUAGGGGAUUUGUCGGAUGUGAUUGAGGCCGUACCUGUGCACGGAGAAAGAGUUAUCACCAAAGCAUUGAGUGACGCAGAGAAAGCGUUAGAAGGUACAGGUUCUCUUGAUGAUAUUCACAAGGAAGAUGAAGGAGUGGUUAUUGAAGAUCUACUCAAUAAAUGCAGGUAUCAGAUGAUAGAAGAUGAGGAUCAUGUUCAGCUUGGGGGAAUGGCACAUUUUCAAGACUUUGUUCUACCAUUUGUGUACAUCAACGGGUAUAAAUACACACCACUGAAGGAUGCAUUGACCAUUUUCACUCAAGACUGUUGUGUCUCGGCAUGCACGAUUCCAAGGAGCGUCUUACAGAAACAUAAAACACUUGUCAAGUCUUUCAGCACAUGGGAACAGGUGUACAAGCUAGAGUUGAUCAAGAUGAAGAAAGGCCCGGGUAUAAAGACAGGGGAUAUGCUGGUAAAACUGAACACUUUACUUGCAUUGUUACCCGAGCUUACCCAACAAAUAGUAAACCUUCACAGAGGAACUAAAUUGAAAAGGAGCCAGAAUUGUGAUAUCAGGGCUUAUGAAACAUUGAGAUCAAAGUUGAAAUGAAAGUUCAAUGAUUAUCUAUUAUAAAUAUGUUUCAUUGAAACAUAAGUUUUUAGAAACAUGCAAUUAUAUUUUAUUACUGCUGAAAUAGUGCAUACACAUAAACAUCAGUUUAGGACAAGCUUCGGUUCAAAAACUAAACAUUUCAUCAAUGGAACAUGAUAUUUAUAGCAUGUGUAUUCAUUUUAAUAGGAAAAUUAAUUGUGUUCUGUGUUGAUCCACAGUCUGUGAGGGUGUUUUAAACAUAACAAAGAGUUAAUUUUGCAGUUCAGUGUGUGACUACCAUUCGUAUUUAUUUACUGAAAUUAUAUUCACCUUUGUUAUGACAUUCAGCAACUUUAAUAUUUGUUCUGGUCGUUAUGCACCAGUCAUUUUACACACAACGCAAUAUACCAAAAUGGUAUGUUCAUGCACCACUAACUGAUCGGGCGGCAUCAGUAAUAAUCUUAUCGUAGUCCUCCGCCAGAUCCUUCAGCAGUGAUUUCUGUUUAAUGAAAGUGCCAUGUCAAUACGCUUUCAAAGUUGUUGACAUUUUUCAUUUUUCAUUGUAUAUGUUUUAUUUAUAUACAUGUUUUAUAAACAUGAAGAUUUUUUAAAAACUAUUUUAAUAUUUUGCAUAGUAUUACAUACUGUAGAUUCUCCUAAAAAAUGUUUACUUAUACUAAAGUAUAUGAAUUGUCAUUUAAAAGUCAUUUUUAAAUGAGUUUGGUUAAAUGACAGGAGUAUGUAUUGCUUUUGUAAAUGUUAAAAUUAAUUAAAACUGUGAUAAUAAAAUAUAUAUUAUGUAUACAACAGUUGAAAUAAACGUUAAUAAAAUGUUAAAUUAUGUGUU